CUGCUUUCCUGUUCCUUUUGGUCAGGAGCCUUUUUACAAUCAGGCAAGACAAUACUGAGCGGCAGCACCGAAUCCGCAGGACAAAAUGAGUCUUUGCCUUAAAUAUCCGAGAGACAAAUGGAGAAAAUGCUGGCUGGAUACCGCGCAGUACACUGCACGGCCUGAACUUGUUAAAAGAAAGCAUAAAGACACUUCCAGGAACAUUCAGUCCUCUUUGCUUCCUGACUUAAUUAUGACAGCAAUUUGAUGGACUCUUGGAAGGUGAAUAGCACAACAGAUUAUCCAUCACAAAGCAUGGAAAUAACAGCAGAGAUGACUGGGACAGUGCUUCUGGAAAUUACCAAACAAAGAAGAAACCCCUCUGAUCAUGGCAUUCCAGGAGAGGAGUAAAUUGGGAGAAUUGCAUGCAGAGCUUAGACCAACAUGUGCUGCAAAUGUUUGAGCAGUAAUCCAUUGCUUAACAAAUGGGAAAGCAGCAGGCAGCAAUUGCUGCUCAGCAGAACUGUUCAGAGCAGGAAAGCAUCCCUGCCCAAUGGCUACACACAAAAUCAGGCUCUGAGAGCACUGCUGCUGAGCCCCAAACAGAGCAGAGUAAAAUCACCAGAGCAUGAAAUUCUGCUGGAAUUACUCUCCACGCACCUUGGAGACUGGCCCCAGCAACUGGGUGUGCAUCCUCAGAUACAUAUUUUACUGCCCUUUAAGCAAUACACAUCCACUGGGCCCAGCAAGCAGCAUUGUGCAAGCUGCCUGUUUUGCUGGAUUCUGUUUUGUUGCUGCUCAAACUCACAGUCAAUCUUCAGUGAUUUACUGAGGAGGAUUGGGCACACCAGAAAUCAUUUUAUUUCAUCAUCUCUGCCAAAGGAAUUCAAUAGUUUACACUACCCACCAUUGUGAAAGAUGCUGUUCAAGUCUGAAUGUCCCCUCCGGGUAAUCAUAAAAGGAUGCCUGACUCGUAUCUGAGCAGAAAAAAUAGCGAAGCCCCUGUUUGCACCAGCAGGAGAGGGGAAAAGGAUUAUUCUGAUGUCUUUGCUGAUAGCUGUCUUGGACAUUUCCCAUCUCUGCUGUUUCUCAGUACCAUUGAGGGCUAUAGACAUUAUUACAACAUGUGGAAGCUUUGAUGUUUCUGAAAAUUAGCUGUGCUUUGUGGUAUAUGUGAUCAAUGUAACACGCAACUGGCAAAUAUUAAUCUGGAAGCACAGGAAGACAGCAAGCUCUUGGAGACAAAAAGUGAUGGAAGGGUUAAGCUGCCUUUAUUUUUGCCAGCAAGUAUACAUCCUCUAUUCCCCAUCCACCCCCGUAAAGUACAAAAUGUAGCAGAUGUUUGUGAACAGCUAGCCUGAUCUAUCAGCCUUUACAUAAAUGAAGGCUGAGUUACUGAAGGAGAAGGCAGAAUAAUGUUUACAAGAGAAGAGCAAGAAGAUUUCCGACACCUGGGCAACUUAAUGAUGGCAGAUGGCAAAAGCUGAAGGCAAAGAGAAGCAGCAACGUGCACCAGCAGCUGUCGAACAAACGGGGAGGAGGAAGGCCUCCUCUGAAACUACGCGGAAGGAUUUAAUACCCGCAGUUGGGUGAGGGUGAGAGCGUCAAUAUGCAGAGAGAGGAGCCCGUGCUUUAACUCCUCAGAUAACUAUCGUCAGAAGUACCCAAUGGAUUGUCAGCCAAGGAGAUUUUCACAGCAAGAAGCCAUCUAUUUGCAUCAAAUAGUGUCAGCCUGCAAGGCAGAGACUUCUGGGUCAUUUAACAGUGCUCCAGAUGUAGUCAUUUUCUCCGAGGCGAGCGGCUCAAAAAGAGCAAUGUGAGAAAGAGCCAGUCGGCAUGGAAAGGGGACAAUCAAGCAGCAUGUGGAAGUGAUUAACCACUCUGUGAAAGGUAACUCAGUUAAUGGACAGAGCUGCAGGACACCUGGCUGUCCAUGAUGCUCAGCACAACAGAGACUGCAGGACUGGGGCCAAACGUGGGGCUGCAAUUCACCAUCAGGAAACAAGCGAUUUCUGGCUUUGCGCUAGUGCUGUAGAUUAUGACUGGUCACCCAGCAGCCUGGCUGAGUGUGUACACUCCAAAGCUGCAGCAGACACAGGUGUUGACUGUUGUACCACAGGAAAGGGAAUGGAGAGCAACUAGAGCUGUAAAUGGAGGCACUGACAUCAACUGGCUUUCUUAGUAAUUCUUUCAUCAAAAAGCCAGGGGUGGGAUUAAAAUGUUUAGCCAAGAUCAACAUGGGGAUUUUAUCUUCCCCCAUGCUGGACUCACCCCUUCUAUGGAAUACCUGCCAUCAACAAAGCUCAAUUCUGACUUCAGGCUCACAAAGCCCAAAGAGUAUCUGGAUGUGCAUGACAGAAUUUGGCCUCUUUUUAAGGAUCAUUCUGGCUAAAACUAACUUUACUGUCUAAAACUCCCUGAAAGGGGAUUGUAGCAAGUUGGAUGUUAACCUCUUUUCCCAGCUAACUAGUGAUGAGAGGUAAUGGCCUUAAGUUGCACUAGAGAAGGUUCAGGCUGCAUGUUAGGAAAAAAAUAUUCUCAGAAAGAGUGGUGAGGUAUUGGCACAGGCUGCCCAGGGAGGUGGUCACCAUCCCUGGAGGUGUUCAAGAUCCGUGGAGAUGAAGCACUGAGGGACAUGGCCAGUGCGCAAUAUUGGUGGUAGGUGAACCACUGAACUAGAUGAUCUUAGAGAUCUUUUCCAAUCUUAAUGAUUCUAUGAUUCAUUUAUCCUGUAAUUAUACAUUCUUAAUGCACAGCAUUACCUCCUGUGCAUGUUGCAUCUGCAGUCCUGCCAGUCUAAUGCCGUGCUGACCCAGCAUGGAAGAGCCAUCAUCAUUGCUGAAAUGUCUUCAGCGCACAGCUCACACCAAGUACCUAUGGAUUAGCGAGUCUCCCUGCUGCUGUUUUAAAUAAAGACAUGUUUUGAAAAGCACCUAGAAAGUGAGCAGAAAGACUGCUGUCUGAUAGGUAUGCCAUUUCAAAACAAAUUCAUAAUGUUCCUAGAGAAUUUAUCACCACAGGAGGAGAAAAGGUUAUUGUGUGUGUAACCUGCAGCUUUAAUUAUAUUGUGUACUUCCCUUGCGCAAUUAGAAAUGUGUAACAGAUAGUUACACUUUCUAGUUAUGUUUCUAUCAAAUUCUUGUUAUAAUUAGGAUGACUCAUAAUGAAAUUAUGCAUUAUUUGCUCCAUUCAUUAUAUUGUUUGACUUAAAAUCAGCAUGCAAACUACAAAUCUCCUGAAUUCUUCUUCUCCGCCCCUCCUUGGUUGUUUCCUACGCACAUACCGGUCAGGGUAGACAAAAGCAUUUUUAAAUUGUUGCAACUCCUUUGCAAGCUAAUGGGCUUUAUCAGAGAGGGUUUGCUGCAGACCGUGCCCAUUGGUAUGCAGCUCCCACUGACAGUUGCACCCGUUGACCACCAAGUCAGAGUGACUUUAACUUAUCACAAAGGAUCUCCUUUGGGGUCACUGUGGCAGGGAGGCCCAGGGGGUACUUUAUUGACUGUGUGAGGGGAUCUGAGAGCCAUCCAUUCUUUAUGAGCUACCUUGCAUACACGGCUAGGGGACUGUGUUCAUAGGCGGCAAUGAUCCCCUGAGAAAGUGGUGAGGUGCUGGAACAGGCUGCCCAGAGACGUUGCGGAUGUCCCGUCCUGGAGGUGUUCAAGGCCGGGUUGGAUGGGUCCCUGAGCAGCCUGGUCUAGUGUUAGAUGUGGAGAUUUGUGUCCCUGCCUGCAGCAGGGGGGUUGAAGCUUGAUGAUCCUUGAGGUCCCUUCCAACCCAAGCCAUUUUAUGAUCCUAUGAUUCCCUGCUGUAUCCUGCUAGUAAACACUAUUGUCUCCACUUCAGCGCUGAGAGCUCUCAAAGGGUCACCAGCAAAGUCCAAACCCCCAGGUCUGUGCAUUUCCAGCUGGAAUGUCUGAUGCCUCUUGAGCUGCUGUGCCAUCCCACUCACAAACCAAUGGUGCAGUGAGCCCCUAAGUGAGACACUACUCAGAACAAGAACAACUUUUCUUCCCUUCCUUUUUUCUGCUCCCUUAAGGUAAAUGUAGUGCUUAGGAAGAUGUUGUACAGGUGCAAGAGGAAGAUUUCUUUAAGUGCUUCACGAAGCAGGAAUUGUCUUCUUGCACAGUAUUUUCAUUUUAAUCCUAGGGUCGUGGACUGAAUGGUACCAAAAAUUCAGGCAGGUGCUGGUGAGAAGCAGACUGCCAAAUACCCCAGGCUGCCUCCAGCCUCUGUGCCACAACUGCUGGAGGUGCAGCCGCGCUAGUGGCUUUUCCUUUUGUCCACUAGGGACCACACUGGGACCAGCAACUCCGGACUGACGGCAGAUGUUAGCCAACGAGUUUUGAUCUGUCCUCACCGGGCUGGUUAUGAAGUGGCAGCCAAGGAGCAAAGAGCUCAGCAGGGUGGUAAUGUUUCUGACCUGGGAUCUAGGGAUGUACACAGGUGCACUGAAAACAGCAGUCUGAUAACAUCCUGUUACAACUCCUCUUCCACACAUCACAAAUAGCUCACUUUGUUUGAGUUUCUUUCAUUCAUUACAAUCCUGCAUUCUGUCACCUUGCAAAUUCAGGUUCCCAAAUCUAUCUUUUGAGAAGCACAGCCUGCCUCUGUGACUCUGUAAUUCCAGGCACUGACACGGUCCCUACACCCCCUUGCUCCCCUCCUGCCUCAUCUGCCCCACGGAGCUCUGUGAGCUCCCAGCUCCCCACCUCCUAGCUCAGCCCUACUCAGUUGCUGCUGCCCUCAUUUUGCUGCCUGCAUCGGUUUCGGGAGCUCCAGUCCCUUCCUACCCUUCCCAGGAGCAGCUUUCCCCUUAGUUUCCAAACAAUGUGUGAAGCCCAGUUCUGCAGGCACAGGAGCCUCAGUGAGUUUAAGGAUGACUGAAGCUAUUUCCAUUCCUGGGGAGGUUUAAAAGCCGCGGGGGGAUGUGUGGGGUGAGAGCGAUCACUGCGUUUCCAGCAGCCGCCCUCUCCCAGCACUGAAUCGCGGCAGGAGCGGUGUGCCUAGCCUGGGUAAAUAAACCCUCCCGAGAGCAAUGCCUUAAAGCACUGCAAACAGCCUUAAGUGCGCUGGAGAUAACUAAUUUCAAGCAUGGCUGUCUAGUGUGCCUGUCAUUCCCAUUGUCCUUCCAAACUAUCUCAGACAUUUUGAGCAGGGAGCACCCAGCUAUGAGUUAGUAGGGGUUGUGACACCGAUGGUCCAAAGGGGUUGGAGCACCGGGAGGGGACGAUGACAGCGCUUAACAACUGGUGGCACUUUGGAGGAUACGGCUGGAGCUCUGUUUAUUAACAAUUAGGCUUCGCCUCGGAGGAAGAUGUGACAGCUGUCGGAGGUCUUUCCAUCGUGCCACUGCAGCAAGCAAAGCCAACACUGGGCAACCCUCUAAAAUGUUUAUUUGGACCAGUGGCCGGAGCUCUACAUCUUACAGACAUGAUGAGAAAAGAAAUAUUUACCAAAAAAUCAGGGAUCACGAUCUACUGGACAAAAGGAAAACAGUCACAGCCCUAAAAGCUGGAGAAGACCGGGCCAUACUCCUCGGGCUGGCCAUGAUGGUGUGCUCGAUCAUGAUGUACUUUCUCCUGGGAAUCACCCUGCUGCGGUCCUACAUGCAAAGCGUCUGGACGGAAGAAGCUCAGUGCUCGCUUCUCAACGCAUCCAUCACCGAAACCUUCAACUGCUCGUUUAGCUGCGGCCCAGACUGCUGGAAAAUCUCUCAGUACCCCUGCCUGCAGGUGUACGUCAAUCUCACUUCUUCUGGCCAGAAGCUUCUGCUCUACCACACCGAAGAAACAAUGAAAAUUAAUUCUGAGUGUUCGUACAUACCCAAGUGCGGCAAGAAUUACGAGGAAUCCAUGUCAAUGGUGAACGUUGUGAUGGAAAACUUCCGGAAGUAUCAACGCUUCUCCUGCUUCUAUGAUCCUGAGGGCACUCAGAAAAACGUGAUAUUGACCAAACUGUACAGCUCCAACGUGCUGUUCCACUCGCUCUUCUGGCCCACAUGCAUGAUGAUCGGUGGUGUUGCCAUCGUUGCAAUGGUAAAGCUGACUCAGUACCUUUCUCUCCUCUGCGAGAGAAUCCAAAGGAUCAACAGAUAAGAAUGAAAACUUCUCCAAGAGUUAAUUACAGAAAAAAUACUGUUUUCUCAUUCUUCACCAAAGAACCUUAAGUUUGUAAUGUGCAAGUCUGUUAUAAGUUCCUUACUAUAUUCUUAUAAGUAGAGCAAUAAUGCAAAAGCUGUUCUAUAUGCAAACAUGAUGUUAUUAUUAUGCAGACAACUGAAAAAAUUACUGUUUGUGUUGAUCAUCUUGUUUGAUGCUGAGACUUGUACUUCUUUCUUGUCUAUUUUGGGCUCAGUGUGACCAUUUGCCAAGCUCAGUCAAUUGACUUUUUCAAUGUAAAGGAUUCUGGGGGAAUUCACACCUGGACAAAGGGCAGCAAAUGACUCGUGCAUCACUGAGGUCUCACCUCUGACUCAGCCCUGUCAAUGGAUUUCUGCUUUUGCCUUUUUAUUAUUGGCUGUGGGGAAAAAAAUUAGGGAAACUACAGAGGUUUUUCUAUGAGCAAGUGGCACAACACAGACUAUUGCGAGGCCAGGAUAAGCUCGAGUAUUUUCAGCCUAACUAGGACUUGGUGAUGCUAUGUGUUAGCUCCCCCAGUUCAGAAGUAAAUUUGACCCUAUGGUCUGUACAGUCUUUUGCAAAACACUUUGGAGUUUUAUUUAUUUAAUACUAUAAUUUUCUUGACUUACCAACAGCAUCUUUGUCAUCUGCAGAAGCUGUAGCCAAAAAAAAAAAAUAUUACGACAACAACGAAAAUCACCUUGUUCCAUUUUCUACUUCAGUCUGAGCCCUGAUGAUGGAGACGGGACCAGAACACCUUAUGUAAAGGUUUAUUACUCAUUUGUCAUGUAUUUGCUACCAUAUCACUGUAAAGAAAAUAACACAAUCAGCUAUUUUUUCAUUUUUUACUUCCAACUAUUUUAGAUUUUUUACUUGAUAUAUAUACAGAUAUAUAUAUAUAAAGAAAAGCUAUAUUAUAUCUAGUUGUGUAUCGGAACUUGAUUAUGGGGUGGUGGCUUUUUUGUUUUUACCAACUGAAAAGUGAACAACAUAAAUCAUGUAUUCAUAACCUUCAGCCUUGGAUAAUAUCAUAACGUGGAGGAGCGGCACUGCGGGAUCCCAUCCAAUAUUCAUGAUGUUGUGUCAGGCAAAGGUCCCUACUGCUGUAACAUCUGAAAUGACAAAAAUCUAAUCCAAUUCUACAGCUCUUAUUAACUGAAUUGUUAGAUAAUAAUCAUAAUACUUUUGGAAAUCUCUCCUGACCUGAACUCAGUACGCAGUUCUGGCUGAAGUGAAUUCUGAUUUAAAAUGCCCAGGUGCAAUGAUUUAUUGGAAAAACUCGUGUUUUCUUCUAAUAUGUUGUCCUACCUGUCAUGUAUUUACCAUAGGGAUAUUGCAGGUCUGAUUUCACACACACUACAGUCAUGAUUUCUGCAUAAUUUAUUUUUAUUCCCCCGUAGAAAACAUUCCUUUUAUGCUGUGUUUAAAGGCACCUCUCAUAGUUUCUCACUUCGCACUUAGUCUGAAGGACAAAUGCAGGCUGUGAAUUCACUGCCCAUCAGUUCAAAGGAAUCGUUUACAGGCCUAUCCAAACCAAGAAACUAAGAUUUCUCCUCUCAGAAAGACUGCAAAGCAAAUCUUCUGCCUCCUUCAUCUCUAUAUAAGUACCUUUCUGCAACAUAGCAUUAAAAAUUUCAAGAUGUUAUGAAACUUUAUAAGUCAUGCAAGUGUAACACGAGCUGUUAAAAAAAAAAGUUCUAAGCAGUGAAAAUGAAUCUGCAAUCUUGUAAUCAGUAGCAUAAUUUUCCUUAGGUAAAUAAAUGCCUGAAGGGCGGGGGUAUAAUCAGGGUUCCAAAGGUAUGUAAUAAAAAUAUUAAAUUAAAUCUUCCAGAUUUCAAUA